AUGACAUCGACCGUUUAUCUGAUCACAGGAGCAAGUCGAGGAAUCGGCUACGGCCUUGCCAGGAUCCUCGUCUCGCGCCCCAAUUGCACCGUUAUCGCCGCCGUGCGCGAUCCCUCCGCCGCUGCAGCGCACACUCUCCUCGCCCUCCCCGCCGGCGACGGAUCCCGCCUCAUCCUAGUCAAGAUCGACGCUCAAUCGGACACUGACGCCCACGAAGCCGUCCGACACCUCCAGGAGGCGGAGAACAUCCACCACCUCGACGUUGUGGUUGCCAAUGCGGGCUACUAUGAUGAUGAUUACCGGCUGGAAGACGUCCCGCUGUCCAAAGUCCAGCGCCACCUGGACGUCAACACCGUCGGCAUACUUCGUCUUUUUCAGGCGGUGUUCAAGCCCCUGGACAAGAGCUCCCAGCAGCAGCAGCAGCAGCCGAAGUUCGUGACUAUUAGCAGUUUUAUGGGCAGCAUUGCCGGACUGGAUGAGGAGUACUUCCCCGGUGGUGGGUACGGCGCCAGUAAGGCGGCGGCGAAUUGGAUCACGCGGAAGAUUCAUGUGGAGAAUCCAGGCUUCGUGAGCUUUAUGAUUCAUCCGGGAUUCGUCAAGACCGCUAUGGGCAAUGCCGCUGCCAGGAGUAUUGGACUGGACUCUGCGUUUAGUGAGGUCGAUGAAUGUGCGGACGGGAUAGUCAAGCUGAUCGAUGGCGCAACAAGAGAGUCUGUUGGUGGUCGUUUUGUUACUGUCAAGGGCCAGGAGAUGGCUUUCUAAUAGCCAUUAGUGAGAUAUGGAGGGUGAUUCCUCUGAGCUGGUUGUCAGAUUGUGGAUUGUAGCUUGUGCUUAAGCUAUAUCAAGAUAGAAAUAGACAAAUUCGGAUUG